AUGGGGCAGUGGGACCGACUCUGGUAUGUAGAAAAUAACAAUCCUAGGACAAUGGGACCGAUAGUGGUAUGUAGAAAACAUUUAGCCUGGGACGGUGGGACUGACAGUGGAAUAAAACUGACUUUAUACCUAGAAGUGGAUGAAUACAUUGAGAAUUUCUCCUCGGGGUAUGGUGUUCGUAUUGUAUUCCAUGAACCAGGAACAUUUCCUAUGCCGGCCGAUGAAGGUUUGACUCUAAGUCCGGGAUAUGAGACAAACAUAGGAUUGAGAGCGGCUUGCUUAGCGUUUUGCCGUGUAGAAAAUGUGAUUAAGGAGUGUUCUUGUGUACCAUAUGAUGCACCGGAUAUAGAUUUCGGGAAGAAACGUUGCAUUUGUGGCAGUAAUCCCUGGGACGAGUUUUGCGUCGAUUAUGUAGACACCAUGUUUGAAAAGGGAGCGCUUGGUUGUGAUUGUAUCAGCCCCUGUUCAGAAUUCGUUUACAGCAAAACAAUGUCCGGGCGUGUUUGGCAGCAUAAGGACUAUUUGCCUGUGCAGUUCGUGUCGGAUAUAGGAGGAGCGGCUGGACUGUUUAUGGGAAUUUCAUUGCUUAGUUUCUUUGAAGUUCUGCAACUUAUCCUAGAAAUAGUGCUGCAUCUGUUUGACCGAAAGCCGGCUGGUCCAAAUAACGACGAGCUUCUCGAGAAAAGACGAAAGACGGCUGGUCCAAAUAACGAUGAGGUUCUCGAGAAAAAAGGUGCGCCUACAUAG